CUGCGGGCCAUGAGGGCCCCUCGCCCCGAGCGGCGCCGCCUCCUGACGCCGGGCACCCCCCUUGCCCCGCCGCCGGGACCAUUUUGAGCCGGCGAGGGCGCUGUGCCCGAGAGGCCCCGAGGCCUGGGGAAGAGGGGCGGGGGAAGAGGGGAAGCCAAGGCAAGGCAAGGCAAGGCAGGGGUGGGAGGAGACUCGGCUUCGGGUGCAGCCGGGGCCCGAAAGGAGGCGAUGCUGCGGCGGCGGGGGCGCCUCCUCCUCGCAGCCUCGCCGCCCAUGGAGCCCGCCGCAGCUGCCGCCCUCGCCUUCCCCGGCGCCUUCAUCCGGAUCCACAGCAGCCCCGGCCCGCCUUGGCUGGCCUCUUCCUUCCCGGGCUUGAGCGAAGGGGGAGCCGACUCCCCGUCUCCCUCCUCCUCCUCCUCCUCCUCGUGCUGCACCCCGCACGGGCCUGGCUUCCCCUCCGCAGCCGAAAGCGGGGCCCGCUCCUCGGCAAAGCGAAGGCUGGAACUAGGAGAGAGUGGACAGCAGUUUCUCACCGAAGGAUUAAGGACACCAAAGGGGAAAGGAAGAGCUGCAACUAGAAGUCCAGAUAGUCCAAGAACUCCCAAGUCUCCUUCAGAAAAGACACGAUAUGAUACAUCUCUUGGUCUCCUUACAAAGAGGUUUGUUCAGCUUCUGAGCCAGUCUCCAGAUGGUGUUGUAGAUUUGAAUAAAGCAGCCGACGUCCUUAAGGUACAAAAAAGAAGGAUUUAUGAUAUCACCAAUGUCCUGGAAGGCAUCCAUCUCAUUAAGAAAAAAUCCAAAAACAACAUUCAAUGGAUGGGCUGCAGUUUAUCUGAUUUUGGGGGCACAUUGGCACACUGUCAAGGCUUGUCUAAGGAGGUAGCAGAACUCAACCAGGAGGAGAAGAAAUUGGACGAGUUGAUACAAAGCUGUUCCCAUGACCUCAAGCUACUAAAAGAAGAUUCUGAGAAUCGGAGAUUAGCAUACGUUAGAUAUGAAGAUAUUCGAGAAAUUGGCAGCCUUAAAGACCAAACUGUAAUACUUGUGAAAGCUCCUCCAGAAACAAAACUUGAAGUGCCUGAUCCAUUAGAGAAUAAGCUGAUCCACUUAUCUAGUACUCAAGGUCCUAUUGAAGUUUACUUGUGUCCAGAGGAAACGGAUUAUCCCAGUCCAAUUAAAACGCAAGAGCAAGACCACAAUGGAAACAUAUCAAGAAACCUUUCCAAAGAUGUCAUUUCUGAGAACUCAGGAAGUCUUCACUGUUCAGUAACUACAACAACCAUCUCCCCACUGGCUUCUACCACCAACCUUUUGCAGCAGACCGAGGACCAAAUUGCUUCAAGUCUUGAAGGGCCAUUUGUGAGCCUAUUGCCACCUCUGCUUCAUGAAGAUUAUUUGCUUGGCCUUGGUGAAGAAGAAGGCAUCAGCGACCUCUUUGAUUAUGAUUUUGAGAAAAUGCCUGCACUGAUGGAUGGAUUUUUAUGCAGCUGAUUGUUCCCUGCUUCUCUGUUCUUCUUGCAACAAUUCCUUUUUAAAAAAUGAAACCAGAAUGCCUGUUGUCAUUCCAUGUUAACUGUCCUCUUCUCUCUUAACCCUUUUCCCAUUUCAGGAUUAGUAUACAGAAUGCUUGAUAUUUGUAAAGAAAUAUUUCCUAGAAUAGUAUUAAUACAAAGCUGCAGACUCUCAUCAGAGUUACCUUAAUCCAAAAUCCCAGUAACUAUUGGAUGGCAGGUUAUAAAGAAUGAGGAGUGUCGUUUGUUCUGACUUACUGUGUCUACAAGCUUCAUCAAGGGCUCAAGAACUAUUCUAGUCGCACAUAGAAAUUUUUCCUUAAUAUUUCAAACUGUGCCUUGUAUUGAGAGUGUGUCUGUUGAGUCCUUGAUUUGUAUUGACAGUAAUAGUAAUUGAAAAGAUGUGUGUGCAAAAUACAAAAAAAGGAACUUCUUCCAAAGUUUUCUGGGAAUGUCUGAAUUCUUCUCAAAGCUCCAUUUUUCGAGCUAAGGUACUUACCUUUGAGGGAAUUAAUUUCCUCAAAUCAUUUUUUCUUGUAAAAUACACUUUAAAUAUCUUACAGUCCUAGAUGAAACAUAGAGAUGAUGGUUCCAGUAUACCAUUGGGUAUUUGGAGCAGCCAAGUAUGUGUUUUUGUAACUAUUUGGAGAACUGAAAUCCUGUGUUACUUCUAUUUGGCAGGGAAGGGAAAUUAGGCAGGGUAUAGAUUUUAUGUAGACCCCUUCCCCUCCAACAGAACAGUCGUUUGGUAGGAUUUCACUUAUCUUUCCCCAAAGAGCUAUUCAUCCACAGCCCCCUAUUUUGGAUGGAGCUUGUGACAUGCAUCCUGCUGUCCAUCCUGUUGAAAUACUUGUGUGGGACUUCCAAAUGCAUAUUAACCACUAGAUAGAUCAGGGUGACCAUUUUGUCUAUUUUAAAAAACUGGAAGUUUCAAAGAAGUAGAUGUGAGGGUGUCAUUUUUUUAAAAAAAAUGUAAACAAAGAUGCACCAUUCAGUUUAACUAUCUGCAGUGUGCAAUAAGACUGGUAGAGAAAGUUUGCGGUACAAAGUUGGGCGGUUUUAAAGUGCCUACAAGAAUUGCACUGUGGGCUUUUUCUGCAAAAGGAUAUUUAUGGCAUGCUUCACUUUUCAAAACUCUGUGUUUGUUUUAGUGGGUUAAUUGCCUCUGCUUCCAGUUUUGGGAGCUGAUACAAAGCCGACACUUCACCCAAAGUGUAAAUAAUACACCUUUUAAUACCCACUUUAUUGAAUAAUAAUUUAUAACUCUUUUACUGGUAUAGUGUAUGUUCUGAGAUGAAUAGAAUUUGCACCCGGAGUUGUGUAAAAUGUUGCCAUUUUAGGUUAAUAGGUUGAAUAACCCAAACAGUUUGCAUUAGCUUUUUUUUCUAUCUGAUACUUAAUAAAAUACUAAAAUGUUUGUGUUUUAUAUAUAAAUGUGUUUGCAGGUUUUCUGGUACCUCUGAGAUGCUGCUAUAGACACACAUGAAAUAGCUGAGUAAAAGUAUGAAAGCUGUAUGAUUGAGUCUUGGAAUAUAAUUGUGUAAAAAGAGCAACACAUUAAGAACUGUUAAACAGUGUUAAGUGUGUUUUUUAUAUAUGUACAAACAUGUGCAUAGUUCAUUGGAUAUUUAAGUUGUGUGUUCUGAUAUUUUAGUCAUCUAACAAUUUUGUACAAUAGGAAUGAAUUUAUAAAACCUGCCAGAAUUUUAUAGCUGGUUUGUAAUUUCUUGAAGAAAAAAAAUAACGUGGGUCUGUAAAUAAUAAAAAAUACAGUAUUUAAAGUUUGUCUUGUGGAGGAAAUUAAAAGGUUUGUGUGAACAUGAAUGCUUUUACAAUAUGAAGGACACCACUGUAGGAAGAAUGAAAUGAAAGGGAAAAAUGUUAUACACCAUUUUGUACAAAUUACUUACGUCAAUUUCGGGGCAAAAUACUAACCUUGAGUAAGCUAGUUCUACAAAUCUGUAAAAUAAUGUAAAAAAACAAAUAAAGCCCAAGAACAGCUUUGCAUUUGUAUAGAUGGACCUGUUCUCAAGCAGUGACCUUGCCUCUUCCAAUGUAUGUAACUCACCAUUUUUAUGGUAUUAAAUAAAGCUUUAUAUCAGGAAA